AUGAAGUUUACCGUCAUUGCAUCCACCCUGAUGCUCGCAGCUGGCGUUUGUGCCGAGGCCGUCCUUGGUGCCAACGGAAACUGCCAGUUCCCCAACGGUCCAGACUGCGUCGCCAAUGGCAAGAAGAACGGGCAAGGCCAGCGCGAGUUCCAGGAGCCGGCCGAUAGCCCCGGCGACGACUGCUAUCUGUUCCCGGCCAGCUGCGGCAAUGGGGACGGUGUUGCCGUCUUCCCCUGCGUCAAGGUCGGCGGCAGAGCGGCCCCCAAAGCCAACAAGACAAAGGCCAAAGCUAAGAACGCAAGGCGGGGCGCUGCUUUGGACGAAUGGUAA